AUGGAGGAGUCUGCUAGGCUGUUGAAAGAUGGUUGUGAGACUGAGACGCAGUCCUCCUCCGACGUUGUUCCUCAAUCCGAACAGCCGCAGCAAGAGAAUUGGCCCAAUUUCGCCGACGACGAUAUCAUGCGACAGCACUCCGAUAUCCGUCUGAUGCGAUACCUCUCAUUUUUUUACAAGUCAUCGGUGGAGCCUAUGGGUGAAGAGAGUGAUCAUGUUCACAUUAUCGCUCUAUUAGAUGCCCUUGGGGUUCCCAUUCGUGUUGUAUACCUUGACCGUAGUUCGUGCGAUACCGGUGAAGUUGCUGUAAAUCAUCAUGAUUUCGUGCCUGCUUCUACCGGUGAUCCUCCAAAGACUAUUGAUAAUACCCCUGGGAAACCCUUCAGCAGUGUUUGGAGGAGUACAAUUUGUGGAAAGUUGAAAUUGGCAGAUUCCUGCACCAGUGCGUACUGCUGGAUCCUGAACUCUCUUAUCGACUCUAUAGCUGAAGCAGUUAUGCACAAUGAAAAUGCCCAGGAUCUCUGGAAAGACCUCCAGGAGCGGUAUGGCGAAGUGGAUUCAAUCUUCUUAGCUCAUGUUCGAGCUCAAAUCUCAACCUGCAAACAGGGCACCAGCUCUGUCACUGACUACUACAAUAGAUUAGGCGUCCUUUGGAAGGAGUACCUUUCUUUCAAAUCAAUCCCUACUUGUGAAUGUGCUACUACUCCACGUACCACCUCCUGUGUCACUUAUGUUGCUGUGAACCAGGAACAAAACCACACCAUUGACUUCAUUACUGGUCUCAAUGACAAUUUUGAGAUGACCAAGAACCAACUCCUACUCAUGGACCCUACUCCUGACCUGAGGUCUGCCUAUAAAUAUGCCCUGAAGCUUGAAAGACAAAUGGGCAAACAAUCUCUGAAAGAUAGUUCAGGGGUUGAUUCAGUGGCUUUAGCUUCGUCUCAGCAGCCCAAGGGUAAGGAUCCACGAGGGCAUCCAACAACUCCACCAACACUCUCCGCCUCUCUAAUGAUGAUUGCACCAUACUUAUGA